AAUAAAGAGUUCCUACCUGAUAUAGAGUUGUCACGAGAAACGUUCAGCAUUUCUUUCCCUGCUCUCGCCUUGAGUGUACGCACAUUUUUUGCUUGGACGAUCCUUGUUAUUUUCUUCAUCGGACUUUUAUCUGUUUCUUCUCCGCUUCGAAUAUGGAUCAGCUAGGAAACAACAACGCUGCAGAGAUGGAAAAUCUAUUGGAGAAAGAAUCCAUGUCUUUGAAUGAUAAAGUGUUGAGCCAUGAUGUUCCAAGGGAAUCAGAUAGCUCUUGUGCCAAAAGAAAAGCAGUAGAAACAUCCCAUUUCGAGAAAAAACGCAAAGGACUCUUUACCGAAGAGGCUAUUCCAAAGGAACUCACUCACAUGGGAAACAAUGUCUUUGUGGGACCCAGCAUUUACAAGGGAAAAGUGACUGUGCACAUCCGAGAUUAUGCCAAAUAUGGUAAAGCUUACUAUCCGACAAGACGAGGAGUAAACUUUGAGCCAUGGUGUUUGAAUGUUCUCGUAACCAUCAUGACAGUGGAGGAACCAGACCUGCUGAUACUCAAAUCUGGAAGUUGCCCAAGAACUUUCAACGGAGCUUGUACAUCUCCACAAUUUGAGGCUCUACGAGAUCACAAUAUACAUACAUGA